GUUAGAAGAAGAAGAAGAAGAAGAAGAAGAAGAAGGAGGAGGAGGGAGGACAUCAUCCAUCUUCUAGGAAAACAUCAGCAAUCAGGUCGGAGUAGAGAAGAACGAACAUCCAUCAUGGGAGCCGUUUUGGGACUGUGCUCCAUGGCCAGUUGGAUCCCGUGUCUGUGCGGCAGCGCCCCCUGCCUGCUGUGUCGCUGCUGUCCUAGUGGGAACAACUCCACGGUGACCCGCCUCAUCUACGCCUGCUUCCUGCUGCUGGGGGUUGGGGUGGCCUGCAUCAUGCUGAUGCCGGGGAUGGAGGAACAGCUCAAGAAGAUUCCAGGUUUUUGUGAGGGGGGAAUCGGCUCUUCUAUUCCCGGUGUGGAGGGUCAUGUGAACUGUGACGUUCUGGUCGGAUACAAGGCUGUGUACCGCGUCUGUUUUGGGAUGGCCAUGUUCUUCCUGCUCUUCUCUCUGCUCAUGGUCAAAGUAAAGAGCAGCCAGGACCCCCGAGCAGCGCUGCACAACGGGUUUUGGUUCUUCAAGUUUGCUGCAGCUGUCGGUAUUACUGUUGGAUCAUUUUUCAUCUCAGAGGGACCUUUCGCCAAGGUCUGGUUCUACGUCGGGAUGGCCGGAGCGUUCUGCUUCAUCCUCAUCCAGCUGGUCUUACUGAUCGACUUUGCUCAUUCCUGGAACGAGUCCUGGGUGGAGAAGAUGGAGGAGGGAAACUCUCGCUGCUGGUAUGCAGCUCUGCUGUCGGUCACCGCCAUGAACUACCUGCUGUCUCUGGUGUGUCUGGUCAUGUUCUACGUCUACUACACCCACUCUGAUGGCUGCACUGAGAACAAGGUCUUCAUCAGCAUCAACAUGCUCCUCUGCAUCGCCGCCUCCGUCAUGUCCAUCCUGCCACAGAUUCAGGAGUCCCAGCCCAGGUCGGGCUUGCUGCAGUCCUCCCUGGUGACCCUGUACACCAUGUACCUGACCUGGUCUGCAAUGACCAAUGAGCCCGACAGGAAGUGUAACCCGAGUCUCCUGGGUAUCAUCGGGCUGAACAGCACCAGCCCCGCUGGCCAGGGACAAGUGGUUCAGUGGUGGGAUGCCCAAGGCAUUGUGGGACUGAUUCUCUUCCUGAUGUGUGUCCUGUACUCCAGCAUCCGCAACUCGUCUAACACUCAGGUCAACAAGUUGACCCUGACCUCAGAUGAGUCAGCUCUAAUCGAGGACGGACCCCACCCGGACAACUUCGAGGAGGACAGUGCUGUCAACAGAGCCGUGGACAACGAGAAGGACGGCGUCACGUAUUCCUACUCCUUCUUCCACUUCAUGCUGUUCCUGGCAUCGCUCUACAUCAUGAUGACGCUCACCAACUGGUACAGCCCUGACUCCACCUACGAGACCAUGACCAGUAAGUGGCCGUCUGUGUGGGUGAAGAUCUCGUCCAGCUGGAUCUGUAUCGGGCUAUAUGUGUGGACCCUGGUGGCCCCGCUGGUCCUGGUCAACAGAGACUUUGACUAAAACGCUCCUCAUCAGACUCCUGCUUCAUUUAGUAGUUCAGUAGUUAGAUAACUGUGUACAGUGUGACGAGGGCGGAGCGAUGAAGAUGCUGACAGUCUUCCUCGACUCUGACUCCUCUGUUGUCGUGGUUCCUCAUGCAGAUGUAAAUAUGUCCUUGCGUCUUGUUCUUUAAAAGAGCAUGUUUCCCUCACCUCUGUGUUAAUUUUAGAAUUUGAAGCUUUCUGAAGAUGAUGAUGGCUUAAACUUUGCGCUGUCUGUACUGUAGUAUUAAUUUGAAGAUGCUGUGAGUGACAGCAGGUCUCCAAGCCAAUCAGUGAGCGGUUCAGACUCCCUGAGCCAAUCAGUGAGCGGUUCACCUAGCAGUGUUGCCAGUUAGCUUUUUUUUGUGCAGCUUCAACUUAAAGCAUGUUGUCUGUGAUUAGUGAAAACUUUUAAGUUAUUUGGUAGAAUUUAGCAUGAGUUUGAAUUUCCUCACAAACUUUUAUCGAAGUAUUUUUCUUUUGAUCUAAAAGUAUGUUGUAAGUCAUAAUAAAUAAUAAAAGGAGAAAAAGAA